AUGUACUUCUUCCUGCUCAACCUCGCCCUCCUUGACAUGGGCACCGUCUCCACCAUUCUCCCCAAGUCCAUGGCCAAUUCCCUCUGGGAUUCCAGGGACAUCUCAUACUUGGGAUGUGCGACACAGCUCUUUUUGUUUGUCUUCUUGAUCACAGCAGACUAUUGUCUACUCACCAUCAUGUCGUACGACCGCUACGUUGCCAUCUGCAAACCCCUGCACUACGGGACCCUCCUGGGCAGCAGAGCUUGUGUCCACAUGGCAGCAGCUGCCUGGGCCACUGGGUUUCUCAAUGCUCUGCUGCACACGGCCAAUACAUUUUCACUGCCCCUGUGCAAGGGCAAUGCCCUGGGCCAGUUCUUCUGUGAAAUCCCCCAGAUCCUCAAGCUCUCCUGCUCACACUCCUACCUCAGGGAACUGGGGUUGCUUGUGGUUGGUGUAUUAGUAGCAUUUGGGUGUUUUGUGUUCAUCGUGGUGUCCUAUGUGCAGAUCUUGAGGGCCGUGCUGAGGAUCCCCUCUGAGCAGGGACGGCACAAAGCCUUUUCCACCUGCCUCCCUCACCUGGCCGUGGUCUCCCUGUUCCUCAGCACUAUCAUGUUUGCCCACCUGAAGCCCCCCUCCAUAUCCUCCCCAUCCCUGGAUCUGGUGGUGUCUGUUCUGUACUCAGUGGUGCCUCCAGCAGUGAACCCCCUCAUCUACAGCAUGAGGAACCAGGAGCUCAAGGAUGCCCUUUGGAAACUCAUAUCCUAG